GUGAUCAAGUGUAUUACCCCCGCGAGUACUACAAUCAAUAUGCUGAUAGAAUUUAGGUAGCCUUGUUCUCAAAUUUGCUUUGUUAAAAUCCCCAGCUACAAUAAAUGCAGCCUCAGGAUAUAUGGUUUCCAGUUUACAUAGAGUCCAGUGAAGUUCCUUGAGGGGCGUCGUGGUGUCUGCUUGAGGGGGAAUGUACACAGCUGUGAUGAUAACUGAUGGGAAUUCUCUUUGGAGUUAAUAUGGCCGGCAUUUGAUUGUAAGGAAUUCUAGGUCGGGUGAGCAGAAGGACUUGAGUUCCUGUAUGUUGUUAUGACUACACCAUGAGUCGUUAAUCAUGAAGCAUACACCCCCACCCUUCCUCUUCCCAGAGACGUGUUUAUCUCUGUCGGCGCGCUGCAUGGAGAAGCCCGGUGGCUGAACCGAUUCCGACAACAUAUCCUGAGAGAGCCAUGUUUACGUGAAACAGAGGAUGUUACAAUCUCUGAUGUCUGUCUGGAAGGCAAACCUUGCUCGACAUUUGUCAACCUUGUUGUCAAGAGACUGGACAUUGGCGAGUAGUAUACUCUGGAGCGGUGGGCGAUGUGCACAUCUAUGGAGCCUGACCAGGAGGCCGCUCCAUCUGCCCCUUCUGCGGCGCCGUUGUUUUGGGUCGGCUUCUGGGAUUAGAUCCAUUGUCCUGGGUGGUGGUCCAAACAGAGGAUCCGCUUCGGGAAAGUCGUAUUCCUGGUCAUAAUGUUGGUAAGUUGACGUCACUCUUAUAUCAAAUAGUUCUUCCCGGCUGUAUGUAAUAACACUUAAUAUUUCCUGGGGUAACAAUAUAAGAAAUAAUACAUAAAAAAACGAAAUACUGCAUAGUUUCCUAAGGACUCGAACCGAGACGACCAUCUCUGUCAGCGCCAUCCUACACAUGUAAACGUGUGCGAUUUAUGAUAAAUGUACCUAUGAUCCCUCUCAUGUAGGCUAGCUAACCUAAUGAUUAUGUGGCUUAAAAUUAGUCUUACAUGACAUUACCAGAUUUUUAUUUAGCCUAGCCCACAGUAGCCUAACCUAUGAAUAAGCUGAUUCUAAUGUCAAAUCUUAGGCCUUGCAUUCAAAAGGGGUUUACAGUGAUCAUUCAAAUAUACGUUUCCUAUUUGUUGUCCUAGAAGCAGAUAAUAAACACCUUAUUUAAGACAGAGCUCCCUAAUGCGUGGAGGAUUACAGUGUUUCCCCUAAGGCUAUUAACUCCUCAGCAUUCACAUUGUCAUGGUUAGAAGGGAUCCAGGUUUUGCCAGAAUUGACUAUUUGUAGCAGGUUUAGGAGAAGUUAUGCAGCAGGUUCGGAGAAUAAACGUGGCAGGCUAGGAGAAUUAGGUUAAGGUUAGGAAAAGGGUUAGCUAAAAUGCAAAAAAAAAAUAAGAUCACCUUUUGAUGUAAAAUUGACAAAAGCUGGAUCCCAUCUAGACAUGACCCAUUCACAUGGUAUUAUAUCCCUCUGGAGGAGAUAGCCAGGACACAUAAUCUUAUGAGAGACUGACACAGCAGGAUAGGCUGCACUGCAGGCCGCUAGAAAGGCUACUGCUAGGCUACUACUCCGUAUGAAGGAAUGACAGCCAGAUUGGGAAUUUAGCCUUACGUGCCAGUCUUCUAUAGGCUCAGAAUAGUGACAGACUGUCUAUUACUGACCAGAUCAAGAGCAACCAGCAGAUUUGGAGGAGCUCACACUACAUGGAAUCUCUUGUACUUCAGGUACUGUACUUGUGUCACUCUGUUUAUGUUGUGCCAUGAUAAGAGCUAAGGCAUAAUCAUUUAUAGUGCUAUCAUUAUCUACUAUUGUCUUUGAAUAUUCUCAAAUUAUACUGUCCUCAAACAUUUUCAAUUACUUUUUGUUGUUUCCAUCUUCCUGUUUGUUGUUUUUGACAGAUCCCCAUGUUGACUGGUUAGGAGGAGGACCAUGCAGUGUGAUGCCCUCUCUCUUCCCCUGGGGUAGGAACUAUGUUUGCAACUAACCAUUAUAGAGCCAAAGUAGAGCUACAACAUGCUACCCUCCUGCAGUACUUGACAGCAUCAGGCAGGAUAUUCAUGUCACAGGUAAGAAGGGGAGAGGAGGGAGUGUAUGUGUUGGGUAAAUCGCUAAAAGUGAAGUGUUGGGGGUUUUCUUGUCACGUUCCUGACCUAUUGUUCCUUUUUCUGUUAUUUAUUUAGUUGGUCAGGGCGUGAGUUGGGGUGGGUUGUCUUUGUGUGUUUUGUCUAGUCUAGGGGUGUUGUAUGUGUAUGGGGUAGAGAAGAGUGAGGUUGUCUAGUUAUGUCUAUGGCUGCCUAGAUUGGGUCUCAAUCAGAGACAGCUGUCAUUCAUUGUCUCUGAUUGGGAGCCAUAUUUAAGGCAGCCAUAGGCAGUAAGCUUUUGUGGGUAGUUGUCUAUGUUGAACGUUUGUUGCUUGUCUGUGCACUUACGUUAUUUAGCUUCAUGGUGUUUUGUUAGUUUGUAUAUAGUGUUCGUUUUGUGUUUUCUCUCUCUUCUCAAUAAAAGAAGAUGUAUUUUGCACACGCUGCGCCUUGGUCCAAUCUGUCUCAAGAAGACGAUCGUGACAUUUAUUUUGUAAUUUUUGGUACGUGCACGGAAAAGCAAAGUUUGAACUCACGUGAUCCGUAGCCAACAACAUGUUAAUCAGUUGUUCUAAUGUGUGGUUGUUUCCUUCCUUACAGAAUCAAUCAUUAAACACAAAGAGUAUUCUGUUCCCAGUCUUCUACUGAGCUGCUUUGCUUUGAUAGAGUAUGAAAAAUAUAAACAGUGACUGUUUUGUUUCAAGGUUGGUGGUAGAUGAAAUGAUUGAUAAAUGAAAACUGGAAAGUGGAGUGGAAAGUGGAUCAUAAUACGGAUAUCAACUGUAUUCCCUCUGAAUAAGGCAAAGGAAAACUGUAGUAUUCUAUAUCAUAAAUAAAAUGUGAGAAAUCCUGUUUAUAUGAAUAACACAAUAUCAAUGACAUGUGGAUUAGUCCAGAGUUUGUGUGUGUGUGUGUUUUAUUUACUUUAUUUAACCUUUAUUUAACUAGGCAAGUCAGUUAAUUAAGAACAAAUUCUUAUGUACAAUGACUGUGUGUGUGUGCGUGUGCGUGUGUGUGUGUGUGUGUACGUGCCUACGUCACUCACUGGCAGAAGUAGCAUAAUAUCAGGACUGAUCUCAUAUGGCAGGUGUCCACACAUUAGCCACUCUUCUCUUCUUCAGAUAAUAAUUGUUUUAUUACUUUAUGCUCUAUGACUUAAUCAACUUAGCUGUGACAUUUAAUUGUACUGGCAUUAGUUGAAAACAAAGAUAGCUGGUGUGGAAAUGUGUGUUUUAUUGUUCACUAGAUCAAUAGCCGUCUUCUCUCUGCGCUCUUCAAAUCAAAAGUAGUUUUCCAAAGUGAGUUAUAGAGGAAGGAGAGGGCAGGGAAAACAAAAUUAAAGUGGGUUCCCAACACUUCUGACAUUUCUGCACCUCAGAGCCCCUCCAAAAAUAGCAUAUUGAUACGAAUUCAUCCAAUGGUCAAUUGAAAUUAGGUCUAGAGUGAGGAAAAGCAAUGUGUUCUGUAAGUGCUGUAUGCAAAUUAUUGAUCAAAUGUGUUUGACGCAGCUUGUGACUAAAUUCCAAAUCUGUCUGUGAAUGAACUUUUGUAAAGUUGAAUAUUCCAACUGCAUGUUACACAUUAUCAGUGAGAAAAUCUCUGAGUGCACUGAACAAAAAUAUAAACGUAAGGUGUUGGUCUCUGGUUUCAUCAGCUAAAAGAUCCCAGAAACAUUAUUAUUUCGGUUCAUUUUUUUUUUUACAUUCCUGUUAAUGAAUUGUUAGAGUGUUGGGCCAGUAACUGAAAGGUUGCUAGAUCAAAUCCUAAAAAUCUGUCGUUCUGCCCCUGAACAAGGUAGUUAACUCACUGUUCCUAGGCCAUCAUUGUAAAUAAGAAUUUGUUCUUAACUGACUUGCCUAGUCAAAUAAAGGUUAAAUAAAAAUUUAAUACAAAUCGGAGAUAUCUACUGCAGCCUUCAUCCUCCACAUACAACACCCGUUCUGCCAGUCACAUUCUGUUAAAGGUCCCCAAAGCACACACAUCCCUGGGUCGCUCUUCUUUUCAGUUCGCUGCUGCUAGCGACUGGAACGAGCUGCAACAAACACUCAAACUGGACAGUUUUAUCUUAAUCUCUUAAUUCAGACUCAAUCAUGGACACUCUUACUGACAGCUGUGGCUGCUUUGCGUGAUGUAUUGUUGUUUCUACCUUCUUGCCCUUUGUGCUGUUGUCUGUGCCCAAUAAUGUUUGUACCCUGUUUUAUGCUGCUGCCAUGUUGUGUUGCUACCAUGUUGUUGUCAUGUUGUGUGGCUACCAUGCUGUGUUGUCAUGUGUUGCUGCCAUGCUAUGUUGUUGUCUUAGGUCUCUCUUUAUGUAUUGUAGUGUAGUGUUGUCUCUCUCGUCGUGAUGUGUGUUGUCCUAUAUUUUAUUUAAUUUAUUUUUAUUUUGAACCCAGCCCCCUGUUCUUAACUGACUUGCCUAGUUAAAUAAAGGGUUAAUUUAAAAAAUGUAAUAAACAUAUCUGUAUUCCCAGUCAUGUGAAAUCCUAAGAUUAGGGCCUAAUUAAUUAAUUUAAAUUCACUGAUUUCCUUAUAUGAACUGUAAUUAAGUAAAAUAUUAAAAAUUGUUCUAUGUUACGUUUAUAUUUUUGUUCAGUAUAAAUCAAACAGUAUGAUUCAAAUAAAACACAUUUUAUUGUACUUGGGGAAAUGCAAUAUUUAUUAUGGCCCAGCUGAAUGCAUAUUCUCAUUAAAUCGUUAUAAUGUUUUUAAACACAAAAGAAUACAAGAGUUAUAAAACAGUCUCUCAUUUAGAAGUUAGUGGUUUGUCACAUUCCACUGAGCUGGGUGUUGGUUUCUGUGAAUGUUUAAUCAUGUGUGUUCUCCACAGGAGCAGCGGAACAGCCUCAGUCACAAUCAAAGAGACACUAGCUGGCUGAGCUCAGAGGACCACGCUCAACACGUGGAGCUGAACGAAGAACUUAUUAGUCACAGACUCAAUGACACCAGGGACAGAACCCUCAGAAGAAGCAUCUGUUAAAGCGCUCUAGAGAGCACAUGGAAGACACAGCCACUGGAGCCACUGAAGUCACUGUACAGAGCUCCAUAGACAACACUAAAGACAGCGAAACCACAGCACCUGAGCUCCAAAGGGACCCCCACUGCAGGAUGGCUUCAACACCGUGACUGACUCUAGACCCUCUGGAGUUCCAACAGUACAGCUGGGAACCAGAGCUAAAGACCAGAAUAAUAGGAUACUAAACUCAUGUCUCAAAGCCAUUAUUAUGUGGUUGUGUGUGUUGAUUUGUGUGUGUUGUGUGUAGCAUUGUGUAGUUUUGUGUGUGCAGUUGUUCAUUAGCGGAUGUUCCAGACAUGGCCAGCAUGGCGAUCCAGCUGCUGGGCUUCUUCCUGGGUCUGCUGGGGCUUGUGGGUAGUGUAGUUGCUACAGUGCUCCCCCACUGGUGGCGGACGGCCUAUGUGGGCUCUAACAUAAUCACAGCCACUGCAUACAUGAAGGGGCUCUGGAUGGAGUGUGUGUGGCACAGCACGGGUAUCUACCAGUGUGAAGUACAUCGCUCAAUGCUGGCUCUGCCACCUGACCUGCAAGCGGCACGAGCGUUGAUGUUGCUGUCCUGCCUGACCUCCACCCUGGCAGCCCUCGUGUCCUCUGCAGGGAUGAAGUGUACCCGCUGUGCCCGCGGCUCGUCCAUCAAGCAUGCCCUGGCCAUCAGUGGAGGGGUCUGCUUCCUGUCUGCAGGCAUGCUCUGCCUAAUCACUGUCUGCUGGACAACCAAUGAUGUCAUCCUCGACUUCUACAACCCCAUCCUACCUGAAGGUAUGAAGUAUGAGAUUGGCAUGGCGGUGUAUUUGGGCUACGUCUCAGCCUGUCUUAGUCUGAUGGGAGGGGUGGUGCUCUGUUGGAACUGUGAGGGGCGGCCCAGGAACCACCUACAUCUACCUCAUCAUCGCCACCCUUGUCCUCCCCUCGUCUUCAAAACUAUAAACACCCCCAACAACCCAGCACCCCCUUACUAUCCUCCUGCCGCCCUGAAAGGGAACUACGCCACCUCACGCACCUCACUGUCCAGCAAUGGCUACAGACUCAAUGACUACGUCUGAGGGAUGGAGUACACACUCAAUGAAUGCUCCUAGUGUGUAAGUGCAAACACUCAAUGAUUAUGUCUGAGUGUGGCAGAUAAUAGAGACUGAUUGAGGGAAGUUCAAACUCAAUGACUACAAAAUAAAGACUCAAGUUACUUUUAAGUGAGCAAGUACUCAUUGACUUUCCAGCAGACCUUCAGAGAGUCAGUGAGGAUCAGUGUGGUUUACGGUGUUGAUAUGUUGUUCAGGUUGUGUUCUUCUUCUCUAGGACUGCACACAGGCUAAUCCUGUAUUACUUAUCCUAUUGACUUUGUAUGUUUACUAUAAGAGCCGAAAAACAUUAACAUUCACAUGUAUUAUUUGUUUCCGUUUCAUUGCUCAUAAAUUAAUGGCUGUUGUGAAGCACUUCCUGUCUUUAUAGUUUUAUAGUCUCAUAUUUGUAAACUGCUUUAUACUUAUGCUGCUACUUUAAAAUACAAAGUCACCAUGGUGCAACAGACUACGUUUGAGCUUGAAUGUGGUGGUAGGAUGCUCGCUAUGUGCAUUAGCCUAACUGGACUAAAGCACAGAAACUUCUGGGAAAUAUGAUCUGUGCCAGGCCUACGAUGACCACACGGUGGCACCAACAGUCUGUCUAGGAGGUGAGUGGCGUUCACUGUUCAAGAAGGAAAGACUAGCCAAUUGCUUGGCAGAUAUCAAACUUGGCCUGGGUUGAAGACAGGCAGCUUAGAAAAUAGUUUAAUUCAAACACAGUCAAUGUUUAAAUGAAACUGCUUUUCAAAAGGUUCCUAGAAUUUCCAUGAACUAUGUCCAAUUCCUAUAUCAAUAUAUCCAAGUAAAACUCCCUUUAAAAUUGUAUUCAUCUUUUAAACAUUAAUUUUGACUGCCAUUUUAAGUUCGCUAAAGGCUCUAUUUGAUCAUUUCCCCGCAGUCCAAGUCAAUUCAUUAUUGUUGUCUGUCUCCUGUUGCAGGCCCUAUUAGCCACGGCAGGCGCGCGGACAUGUUUAGGAGUUGUUUGUGUAUUCUAAAGCUAUCCAAUUUAGAUGCAUCCUCUCUCUGGCAGACCGUCAACAUAAAGCAAGGUAAAUUAGACGGAGCUGUCAGAGGAACAGGUAAGUCAGCUGUCUGGUAGCCUAUUUAUUAAAUUGGUCAACAUGUUCAGUCUAAAUAUAGAAAUGAAAAAUGCCUUUCCAAUCUUCAAUGAAAAAAGAGGUCCAUUGCUCUUUGAAAUUAGACAAUGCCUAUAUGAAAUGUGCACUGAAAUGAGUAAAUUGCUUGAACAGACUGAAAACCGAUACAUUCAAAAAAGGAGGUGUUCAACAAGGGUUCUUCUAAGAUCCUCAAAGUCCUUUGAAGAACCUUAGGUUUCUUGGCACUGAAAUUGUACCCAAAAGGUUAUUCCAAGAACCCCAUAGAACCCCAUAGGAGGUGGGGUUCAUCGAGGAACCUCUUUAGUUGGUGGGGGUUCUUGCAGGAAUCAAAUUGCCCAACAGAAACAUUUGGAUUUGAAUUUGAAAGGACAGCAGGUUCAGUCACUUAACUGAAACAUGUAAAGAUCUCCUCAAUGUAAGGUAAAUGUCUCUUGUAUGAUCUAAAUUGAUAUUGUUAUUUUCAUAUUUGUGCAACUCUUUCCCAAACAGAAAAUGGACACAAUU